GAAGAAUUUUGUCCUCAGAUUAAUACCAUUCCUUGAAGCAUUGAAAGUGGAGGAAACGGAACGGUUGCAAUCCGGUCAGGAUGAGUAGCUCUCCUGGCGAUUCCGGAGUUCCGGCUUCACCUGCCAACACCGAUGACUUGCCAUCACCCAUGUCUCCCAUGGGAGAACCUUUGGAAGUCAUGACGGUCACCGAGCCUAUUGCGAAAAGUGAGGCAGUAUCUGGACCCAAUCCUGAGGAACAAAGUGCUAGUAUAGAUCAUCAUGAAUGUGUUCCUAACGAAGUAAAAAUGGACCAAGAUGUAUCAAGUCAGGGGGAAUCAAAGCAACAAGAUUCGGGCCGAAGUAGUCUAAACAUAGAAAUUAAAGAAGAGCCCGACCAAGACCCUCCGGUUCAAGUGGAAAGGCCAAAAAGUCCCUCGCCAGCCUCAGAAGUGACGGUUGAAGCCACAAGUAAUCCCUUCUACUACGUCAAGUGGAUCACCUUUAGUGGGACGAGGUGUCCAAUUAUAACGCAAGAGGAAAACGGUCCUUGUCCACUCUUGAGUCUGAUGAACUUGUUGUUACUCAGGGGCAAGACUUCUUUACCCGAUGGAUGUGAAGUGAUCUCGUCCGAUGAAUUGGUUGAAAAGUUGGCUGAAAUACUGUUGGAAUCAAUGCCCAAGAGCGUGAACGAUGACGAGCGAUUGAACUACGAGCAAAAUAUCAACGAUGGCAUAGCACUCCUGCCCUCCAUCGUCAAGGGACUGUUUGUCAAUAUCCGAUUUAGUGGGGUGACCCAAUUUGAAUACACGGAUUCGCUAGUUAUUUUCGAUCUAUUAAACGUGCCAUUAUACCACGGUUGGGUGGUAGAUCCACAAAGCAAGCUCUUAGCUCAAGCCGUUGGCAAUCUGAGUUACAACGAACUCACUACGAAAACUAUUACGGAUAUGUCAAGCGACGACGAGGAAAAGGUGCGAAUGGCGUUGCUGACCCGUGAGUUUCUGGAAGAAAGUGCCUUACAAUUGACAUUUCAUGGCUUGUGUGAGCUCAAUGAGAAGAUGCGCGACGGGGAGUUGGCCAUUAUGUUUCGGAACAAUCAUUUCUCCACUUUAUACAAACAGAAGGGGGAGUUGUUUGAACUGAUGAGCGACCAAGGCUUUUUGAAAGAGCCGUCUGUGGUUUGGCAAACUUUAUCCACCAUUGACGGAGACUGCCAAUUCGUGGACCACAGUUUUAAGUCCGUUCCACCCAAGGAACCUGUAACCUGUGAUAUUCGCACCAAGGAGCAACAGAUCGACCAGGACCAUUUGCUUGCCAUGACAUUGGCUGAAGAGGACAAGAAUCGAAGUCGGGAAGCCAACAAUCAGACCACCGACUCGAAGGCCGAAUGGUCUCAAUUACCUCCGCCAGGUUCUGUGUCUGACGAGGAAUUGGCCUUGCGUUUACAAGAAGAAGAGCGUGAAGCUGCUCUGGCCGCUGAACAACAGCAUCAACGCCAAAGUGGAGGAGGUGGAGGUCGCCGCCAUCCCCACCAGCACCAAAGGUCGCAAUCCCAACCGUCAGCUUCUCAAGCGUCUGGCUCCAGUUCACAGACCAGAAGCUCUCAAGGCCAAAGCAAGAAACUUUGUGUAAUCUCCUGAGAUUUUAUGGCUCGUUGCUACUUCUUUGAUAACGGCGCAGUCCAAACUGCAUACAACUACUUCAAACACCCAAAUCAUUUCCAUACCGCCCUGCAAUCAAAUCUACAAAUGUGGAUAAAAUCAAUUUCAUAUUUUCCUAGACUCGCCUAUCACGAAAUUCUUGUAUAUUCAUCAGCAGCGUCGUUCCUUUCCAAGCAUUCCUACUUUAAAAAACAUAUAAUAAAUCAUUGAUCAAUCAAGGCAAAUA